AUGUAUGCCAGCAUGAAUUCUCCUUCCCAAUUGGAUGGCUGGAAAUCAAGUGGAGGAGAUCCUUGUGAUCAAUCAUGGAAGGGAAUCACAUGCUCUGGAUCAAAAGUUACCGAAAUUGAUCUGUCUGGCCUGGGACUUUCUGGAUCAAUUGGCUAUAAGCUUUCGGGAUUGGAAACUGUUACCUACUUGGAUCUUUCCGGAAAUGAAUUCAAUGGCAACGUGCCCUAUUCAAUUGCCCAGAUGACUGAUCUCAAAGAGCUAUAUCUCAAUAAUAAUCAGCUUAAUGGACAACUGAGUGAUAUGUUUGGACAGCUUUCGAAGCUGACCAAGAUGGAUCUCUCCUCCAAUUCACUGUCGGGUGAUUUGCCCCAGAGUUUUAAGAACCUCUCAACCCUGAGCACUCUGUAUUUGCAGAAUAACAAAUUCACUGGUUCAAUUAAUGUCCUCUCCAAUCUGCCUCUCGAUGAUCUGACUGGUGGAAAUUCUUGGUCAUCUGGUCCUGCACCUCCUCCUCCUCCAGGGACGAAAAGUGAUACUCGAGCUAGCCAGUCGAAUAAAGAGAAUGAGAAGUCCGGUCUAAGUGGUGUUGCAAUUGCUGGUAUAGUCCUGGGUUUUCUGAUUAUCCUUGGGAUUGUUAUUAAUCUAUUCUCAAGGAGAUCUACGCCACCUCCAACACAUUAUAUUGAAGAUAAUAUGCUUAGCCCUCGUAGGCCUUUCACCCCACUCUCAUCUGGCGAGUUAUCUAGCGAUUUUCAUGCUAAAUCACACAAGGAGUUCAGAGAACUGAAAUCAUUCAAAUCAUCUUCCUCAAAUAGAGUAAAAGGUUUACAGGCUUCUCCUUCAAUCAGUCUCAAGCUUCCAUCUUCAACUUGUCUCCAAUCAUUCAACAACAAUGAAUUUGCAAAUAAUUUGGAUGUAAAAACGAGCAGUUCAGUCGCCAUUGCCUCUUACUCUUUGGCUGAUUUGCAGACUGCCACUGGUAACUUUGCCACAGGUUGCCUUCUGGGCGAGGGAUCUAUGGGUCGUGUGUAUAGGGCACAGUAUGCUGAUGGGAGGGUUCUUGCAGUGAAGAAGAUAGACUCCUCACUUUUUCAUGGGGAACGAGGGGAAGGAUUUGCAGAUAUUGUUUCAAACAUCUCUAAGAUUUGCCACCCUAAUGUUACUGAACUUAUUGGUUAUUGUAAAGAACAGGGACAGAACAUGUUAGUUUAUGAGUAUUUUAGAAAUGGCUCGCUUCAUGAAUUUCUGCAUCUGUCAGAUGACUUCAGCAAACCACUUACAUGGAACACAAGAGUCAGAAUUGCCCUGGGAACAGCCCAUGCUGUUGAGUAA